AUGGCCAUGGCCAGCAGGCAGGAGGGGAGCCUCGACGCCGUGCUCAAGGAGGCCGUCGACCUGGAGCACAUCCCGAUCGAUGAAGUGUUUGAGAACCUUCGGUGCAGCCAUGAGGGGCUCACUUCCGAGCAGGCGCAGCAGCGGCUGCAGAUCUUCGGCCCGAACAAGCUCGAGGAGAAGGAGGAGAGCAAGUUCCUCAAGUUUCUGGGGUUCAUGUGGAACCCACUCUCAUGGGUCAUGGAGGCUGCGGCGAUCAUGGCCAUCGCGUUGGCCAACGGAGGGGGGAAGCCGCCAGAUUGGCAAGACUUUGUCGGUAUCAUCACGCUGCUACUUAUAAACUCCACCAUCAGUUUCAUAGAGGAGAACAAUGCCGGAAAUGCCGCCGCCGCGCUUAUGGCCCGCCUUGCACCAAAAGCCAAGGUUCUCCGUGACGGUCGUUGGACCGAGGAGGAGGCAGCCGUCCUUGUGCCUGGGGACAUCAUCAGCAUCAAACUUGGAGAUAUCAUUCCUGCCGACGCACGCCUCCUAGACGGCGACCCUUUGAAGAUUGAUCAGUCCGCCCUGACCGGAGAAUCACUGCCAGCCACCAAAGGCCUUGGUGACGGCGUCUACUCUGGUUCGACGGUCAAGCAGGGCGAGAUCGAGGCUGUUGUCAUAGCAACUGGUGUGCACACUUUCUUUGGAAAGGCCGCACAUCUCGUUGACUCCACUAACCAAGUUGGCCAUUUCCAGCAGGCAAGCUUGACAAGCCUCGGAUGCUUCCAUCGAUCUGGCACCGUGUUAACAGCCAUCGGGAACUUUUGUAUUUGCUCGAUCGCCGUGGGAAUGUUCAUCGAGAUCAUUGUCAUGUAUCCUAUCCAGCACAGGGCGUACCGCCCUGGGAUCGACAACCUUUUGGUGCUCCUCAUUGGAGGCAUUCCCAUAGCGAUGCCCACAGUCUUGUCGGUCACCAUGGCGAUUGGGUCUCAUCGCUUGUCUCAACAGGGAGCUAUAACAAAGCGAAUGACUGCAAUUGAAGAGAUGGCCGGCAUGGAUGUUCUUUGCAGUGAUAAAACUGGAACCCUGACUCUAAAUAAGCUCAGUGUGGACAAGAACCUAAUCGAGGUUUUUGAAAAAGGAGUGACUCAAGACCAGGUAAUUCUGAUGGCUGCUAGAGCAUCCCGGAUAGAAAAUCAAGAUGCCAUUGAUACAGCAAUAGUUGGGAUGCUAGGCGAUCCAAAAGAGGCGCGUGCUGGUAUUCAAGAGGUUCAUUUUCUGCCGUUCAAUCCUACCGACAAAAGAACUGCCUUGACAUACAUCGAUGGUGAUGGAAAGAUGUGUCGUGUUAGCAAAGGUGCACCAGAGCAGAUUCUCAACCUGGCCCACAACAAGUCAGAGAUCGCACAAAAAGUCCACACUGUCAUCGACAAGUUCGCGGAACGUGGACUUCGGUCACUUGGUGUAGCAUAUCAGGACGUGCCAGACGGGAGGAAAGAGAGCCCGGGUAGCCCGUGGCAUUUUGUUGCUCUCUUGCCACUCUUUGAUCCACCGAGGCACGACAGCGCAGAAACAAUUCAAAGGGCACUUAACCUUGGUGUGAAUGUGAAGAUGAUCACAGGCGACCAGCUCGCGAUUGGGAAGGAAACAGGGCGUCGUCUAGGAAUGGGUACAAACAUGUACCCUUCAUCUGCUUUGCUGGGGCAGAACAAGGAUGAGUCUAUUGCUGAUUUACCAGUCGAUGAUCUAAUUGAGAAAGCCGAUGGUUUUGCUGGCGUAUUCCCAGAACACAAAUAUGAGAUUGUGAAACGCCUACAAGCACGGAAGCACAUUUGUGGAAUGACUGGCGAUGGCGUAAACGAUGCACCAGCCCUAAAGAAAGCUGAUAUUGGUAUAGCGGUUGCCGAUGCGACAGAUGCAGCGAGGAGUGCUUCUGAUAUCGUACUCACCGAACCUGGUCUAAGUGUGAUCAUUAGUGCCGUCCUUACCAGUCGAGCGAUUUUCCAGCGGAUGAAGAACUACACUAUCUAUGCGGUCUCAAUUACAAUACGUAUUGUGCUUGGAUUUAUGCUACUUGCCCUCAUAUGGGAAUUUGAUUUCCCGCCAUUUAUGGUCCUGAUCAUAGCAAUUCUGAAUGAUGGUACCAUAAUGACAAUAUCCAAGGAUCGAGUAAAGCCUUCUCCACUACCUGACAGCUGGAAGUUGGCUGAAAUUUUCACAACAGGGGUGGUUCUUGGCGGAUACUUGGCAAUGAUGACUGUCAUUUUCUUCUGGGCUGCAUACAAGACUAACUUUUUCCCUAGGGUCUUCCAUGUAAAAAGCCUUGAGAAGACCACUCAAGAUGACUUCAAAAUGCUUGCCUCUGCUGUAUACCUUCAAGUCAGCACCAUCAGCCAAGCUCUCAUCUUCGUUACAAGGUCUCGAAGCUGGUCGUUCGUCGAGCGCCCCGGCUUUCUCCUGGUCUUCGCUUUCUUCGUCGCACAGCUGAUAGCUACACUGAUCGCUGUAUACGCUGACUGGGGAUUCACUUCGAUCAAAGGCAUCGGAUGGGGCUGGGCUGGCAUCGUGUGGCUCUACAACAUCGUCUUCUACUUCCCGCUUGACAUCAUCAAGUUCUUCAUCCGAUACGCUCUGAGCGGCAAAGCAUGGGAUCUUGUCAUUGACCAAAGAAUCGCGUUUACAAGGAAGAAGCACUUUGGCAAGGAAGAGAGGGAGCUCAAGUGGGCCCAUGCACAAAGGACGCUCCAUGGGCUGCAGCCACCGGAUGCCAAGCUGUUCCCUGAGAAGGCGGCCUACAACGAGCUCAGUCAGAUGGCCGAGGAGGCGAAACGGAGGGCCGAGAUUGCAAGGCUCAGGGAGCUCCACACUCUCAAGGGGCAUGUGGAGUCAGUUGUGAAGCUGAAGGGCCUCGACAUCGGCACCAUUCAGCAAUCUUACACCGUGUGA